GCUCUGUCGAGAAUUCGAACAAAAUGAGGGCAUCUCAACAGGAAAGGAGGAGCGAAUUUCACGAGCCGUGCGGACGGACUCGUUCGGAUAUAAAAGCAGCGCGGGACACGGCUGCAACCACGCAUUCGCUCUUCCAGCUGCCAACUGCACUACACUGGAAACAUGAGGACUCUGCUCGUUGCUCUCUUCGUGUCCGGCCUGGCCGCCGUCUGCCUGGCCGGCGGCUUCAAGGGUGGCUACGGCGGCGGCUUCGGAGGCGGCUUCGGUGGAGGUUACGGCGGUGGCCACGGCUAUGCCAGGUCCCUCCCCGGGCCAUCGUUCCUCGUCAAAUCGGUUCACCACGUGAGCGGAUUGAGCCGGGGAGGAAAUCUGGUGGGCGUGCAUCUCGGAGGCUUCGGCGGGGGAGGGCUCGGGGGCUACGGACUGGGUCUCAAGGGCUGAACGCGACUUGUACGAGCUUGACAUAUGAGCAGCAAGACCAUUCAUCUUCAUCCGGGCAGCGCUGGCGAACCACCAGCCCGAAAACCUGAACUGAGUUCCCUCUGUAAAAAGAACCUAUUGCCUCGGGAAGCACCUGUAUUGACCCCCGUGUUGACGGAAAUAAAGCAAAACUGUACAUACGAAAAACAUGUUGGUUCUAGUGUUUUGAAGCGAUAUCAAGUUUUAAGACUUAUGGAAUAAUAAACCCGCGAACGCGUUACUGCCAGCGACGCCAGCCAGUCAUACGAGCCGUUCCAGUCUGCUUCGACUAUCUUUUGCUAUACUGUGAAAGCUAGUGCAGCUUCGGCAGUGUUCUAACGCUGUGAAAUCAUCUUCAACGAACUCGUGGGCGAGCCAUAAAGCGACGUAGUAAACGUAAA